AUGGCUUUGCCACCAGUCAUUCUUGACUCCAACUCUCGACUUUCGAGCUCUCCGGCGAGUUCCCCUCGAGUCGUGGAGGGGUCUAUCGGGAGAAAGCAGAGCAUACAUCCGGAGAUGGAGCGCUCAAUACAGACAUCAAUGUCACCGGGCGCAAACUUCUUUGACGAUUCGUCUGAUGACGAAUUACCGAUGAGCCUACAUCAGCUUAGUCAAGAUGCUCAGGCUUCAGCGAAUAGCUCAGGCGACGAUGGGGCAGAAGAAACAGACUUCGAACCUGCAUCCUUCUACCACCAUGAUGGCAUCCCUUCCACACCAUCUCUGACAUCUCUGAAUAUCUCUCCCAUCCAAGAUCACCGCCCAGGUCCCAGCCGCCUCGUAACUACUACCACCCCCCGCAACUCCGGCUCCUACUCAGACCCUACCUCGCGAUCUCCUACAUCCCCUUCUGCCCCGGCUCUACCCUACUCCUUGGACCUCUCCCUCCCUUUCACGUCAGAGCAGGACCCCAUCCUCAGUGCACAUGCCAUCACGAUGCGCGCACUAGAAACACGGCACUCAAACGAAGCGGGGAGUGGAGGGAAGAAACCUGUGGCCUGUAGGAGAAUGAGCUUGCAGCACCAACAGCAGAGUCAGCACCCUCCAGCCCGCAACAUCCCCCAACGCCCCGCGCGCUCCCGCUCUCGCUCCCCCAGCCACAACCACAACAUCAACAUCGCCUCCCUCACAUCCGCCUUCUCCCCUCACGCACCCUUUCCCCCAACUCUCCCCACCAACUCCCGAACGCGCUCGCAAUCGGCCCCAGCACACGAAGCAGCGAAGAAAUCGCGGAACACAAAGCUGAAGAUCCAACCGCCCCUCCCACCCCGUCCUCACGAGAGGCCGAAGGACCUACCCGCGCAUUUCAUACGCACGCCGUACCCCUUUUCGCCGCACAAGACGUUCCCGAAACCGAGGGGUGUGCAGCGCAGCGCGAACCAUCCGACUCCUCUGUCAGCGGAUCGGGUGAGGGUGAGGGGGCACAAGCACUCCUUCCGCGACGCCUCCUCCAACUCCAAGAAGCCAUCACGCCGCAGGUUUGGAUCGAACGCGCGGCCAGAUGCUACGGCGACGUCGGCACAGGCGGGCGGGAAGAAGGGGGAGUCGGUGUUGUAUCUCUCGCUGACGAGGAGAGCGGGGAGGACGGCGAGCAGGACGGCGGAGAUCGCGAUCCCGGCAAGCUUGACGCUGCAGGUUGUGCAGAGAGGGCGGGAUAAGGGGCUCUGGGUUGGCGGGAGGAGGGUUGGGGAGGAAGUGAAGAAUCCAAGGGCUGCGGAGAGGGAGUUUGAGACGCUGGAUUUUGAUGAUGAGGUCUUGGCGAGGCAGUUGAGGGAGGGGUAUAGGAAGAUGGCGGAGCCGUGGUGGAGGAGGUUGGGGAGUGCGAGGGGGCUGGGCAGGAUAGGGGUUGGGAGGUGGGAUGGGUGGAGUGGUAGUGACGGGUGGGGAGAUGAAGAAGAAAGGGAUUUGGGACGAGGAGGGCGGUUGCUCGCGGCAAGAGACACGAGCGACACCUUUUCGGAGGCUAAAUUGUGGGGGUUGUUUCAGAAUCCGAGGACGGGAAAGGCGAGGUAUGCGUGGGUGCAUUGGGCCCGUCGCGUUGCUGCCGCCAACCAGCCCUCAUCCUCAUCCCAGCCAGCUCAACCGCCCCCAAAAAUGGCCGAGAACGGAGAGAAGGAGUUACCGCCUUCUCCAGCUCCCGAGAUCGAUACGGAUCUCGUCACUGGAAUUGUCUUUACACACCGCUGGCGCUGGAGGCACAUUCUCUUUGCCGUUGCAUUGGUGUUAGCGCUUAGCGUGCUUGCGACGCUGCUGUGGAUAUUCUUUGGAACGGAUUGGGUUAUGGCUGGGUAUAAGGGGGCGGGCGAUAGGGUUGGGACGGGUUGUUUGAUGGGAGUCCUGGUGCUACUUCUGGGUUUGGUGGCGGUCGGAGGAUGGUGUUGGGGGAGUUGGGUGUAAGAAAAAGAUAGCAAGGAAUCGAUCACGUGGAUGAUUACGUGGUCCGUUAGUAAGCUAGCUACUUGGAAAGU